AUGGCGUUUCUUCUCCCAAAUCUUUCUCCUUCAUUUCUUCUUCAAACGGGAAAAUCCCUCAAAGAGAAACCCAUUUCCACCCAUUCUCUUUCCAUAUCAUCUUCUUCUUCCAGUAACUACGACUUCCAAGAAGAUACUCUCUCUCUGCUUUCUCUUCCCGUCCAAGCUCCUCCUGCUCCAGGUGCUCAGGUUAAGACCAUGCCGAGUGCGCAAGAUAACCACCAGAAACAGGGUAAAGACGAGUUCUACAUCAAUCUCGGUUUAGCUGUGCGUACCCUUCGUGAAGAUUUGCCUUUGCUCUUUACCAAAGAUCUCAAUUACGACAUUUACAGGUCUUCCUUUUGA